AUGGCUGACACGCUGCUUGUCCCCGUGGUGGCCAGGGUGGCCGGCAAGGCCGCCGACGAGCUCGUCCAGAGCGUCGCCCGCACGUGGGGCGUCGACGCCGACCGUGCCAUGCUGGAGCGGACGCUGCUGGCGGUGCAGCGCGUGCUGCCUGACGCCGAGGCGAAGGGCGAGUCCAGCCCCGUCGUCCGGAUGUGGAUGAGGGAGCUCAAGGCCGUCGCCUACCGGGCAGACGACGUCCUCGACGACCUACAGCACGAGGCUCUACGCCGUGAAGCUAGCGAGCGUGAGCCGGAGCCGCCCAUGGCGUGCAAGCCGACGAGGCGGUACCUGACCCUCCGCAACCCUCUCCUGCUCCGUCGUCUCACCGUGAGCAGGAGUCUGCGCAAGGUCCUCAAGGAACUGAACGGUCUUGUCCUGGAGACGCGCGCUCUAGGCCUGGCGGAGCGCCCGGCGGCGCGACACCGACACGCACACGCUCCGUGUCAGCAAGUGCGGGUAGCACUGAACGGCGGGUCGGCUGAGAUCUUCGGCAGAGACGGUGACAGGGACGAGGUAGUGAAGCUGUUGCUUGACCAGCGACACCACCAAGACCAGAAGAACGUGCAGGUGCUGCCCGUCGUAGGGGCCGGUGGUGUGGGCAAGACGACGCUGGCAAGGAUGGUGUACACGGACCGCAGGGUUCAGAAGCACUUCGAGCUGAGGAUGUGGCACUGCGUGUCCGGAAACUUCGGAGCCGCCUCUGUCGUGCGAUCCGUCGUCGAGCUGGCUACGGGCGAGAGGUGUGACCUGCCUGACGCCGGCAGGUUCUGGAGAGCGCGGCUCCAGCAAGUCGUCGGCAGGAAACGGUUCCUGCUCGUCCUUGACGACGUGCGGGACGACGAAGAGCGGGAGAAGUGGGAGGGCGAGCUCAAGCCGCUGCUGUGCACGUGUAUCGGUGGGUCAGGGAGCGUGAUUCUUGUCACUACUCGAAGCCAGCAGGUGUCUGCUGUGAUGGGCAGCCUUCCGAGCAAGGAGCUAGCACGCUUGACUGAAGAAGAUUCAUGGGAGUUCUUCUCAAAGAAAGCGUUCAGCAGAGGAGUACAAGAGCGACCAGAACUGGUCGCUAUCGGCAGGCGCAUCGUCCACGUGUGCAAGGGGCUGCCUCUUGCUCUGAGUACAAUGGGUGGCCUGAUGAGUUCGAAGCAAGAAGCUCAGGACUGGGAGGCCAUUGCAGAAAGCUGUAGUAGUGAUACUGAUACCAGUACAGGCUCAGGCACGGAUGAUGAAGUGUUGUCCAUGCUUAAACUGAGCUACGGACACUUGCCAGAUGAGAUGAAGCAGUGUUUUGCGUUCUGCGCGGUGUUUCCCAAGGACCAUGAGAUGGAGAAGGACAGGUUGAUCCAGCUAUGGAUGGCGAACGGUUAUGUUGGUGGAGAGGGAACGGUGGAUUUGGCGCAGAAAAGCGAAUCCGUUUUCAGCGAGCUGGUCUGGAGGUCCUUUCUCCAAGAUGUGGAAGGGAAGGUGUUCUGUAACUCGCUUCAUGAGACGGUUAUAUGUAGAAUGCAUGGCUUAAUGCACGACCUGGCAAAAGAUGUCUCGGACGAAUGCGCGUCUUCAGAAGAGUUGGUUCGAGGAAAAGCAGCGAUGGAAGAUGUAUAUCACCUGCGAGUGUCAUGUCAUGAGCUGAAUGGAAUCAAUGGGUUACUGAAAGGCACGCCAUCUCUCCACACAUUGUUACUAACUCAGUCAGAGCAUGAGCAUGAUCAUCUUAAGGAGCUGAAACUGAAGUCAGUGAGAUCGUUAUGCUGCGAAGGUCUCUCUGCCAUCCAUGGCCACCAGCUUAUAAACACGGCGCACUUGCGGUAUCUUGAUCUUUCCAGGUCAAAGAUCGUUAGCCUGCCAGAUUCACUAUGCGCGCUGCACAACCUGCAGUCGCUGUGGCUCAAUGGAUGCUCCAGGCUACGGUACCUACCAGAUUGUAUGUCAGCCAUGAGGAAGAUCAGCUACAUCCAUCUCUUGGAAUGCGACAGCUUGGAACGGAUGCCGCCAAAACUCGGUCGACUGCAGAACCUUCACACGCUGACAACGUUUAUCGUGGACACUGAAGAUGGAUUAGGGAUCGAUGAGCUCAGAGACCUGCGACACCUCGGCAACAGGUUGGAGCUGUUCAAUCUAAGCAAGGUGAAGGACGACGGUUCAGAGGCGGCCAAUCUCCAUGAGAAGCGGAACCUUAGCGAACUGGUGCUGUACUGGGGCCGCGACCGGGAUUAUGAUCCGUUGGAUAACGAGGCCUGUGAUGAAGACGAAGGGGUACUGGAAUCUCUUGUCCCUCACGGUGAGCUCAAGGUUCUGAAGCUGCAUGGGUACGGUGGCUUGGCUGUGUCAAAAUGGAUGAGAGAUUCUAGGAUGUUCCAGUGCCUUAGAGAGCUCGUUGUCACUGAGUGCCCGAGAUGCAAGGAUCUGCCGGUGGUAUGGCUGUCACCUUCUCUCGAGGUCUUGGAAUUAUCCGGGAUGAUCGGCCUGACAACACUGUGCACGAACGUCGAUGUGGCAGAGGCGGCAGGACGCAGCGCGUCCCGGCAGAUUUUCCCGAAGCUGAGGAGGAUGCGGUUGCAGUACUUGCCUGAGUUGGAGAGAUGGACAGAUCAGGACAGUGCAGGAGAGCCUGCUGGUGCCUCAGUGAUGUUUCCCAUGCUUGAAGAGCUAAGAGUCUACGAGUGCUACAAGCUUGCGAGUUUCCCCGCGAGUCCAGCUCUCACGCUUCUAUCUUGCCGAGGUGACUCUGGGCGCUGCCUUGUUCCUGUGAGCAUGCCCAUGGGCUCUUGGCCGUCUCUUGUCCACCUGGACAUUGGGUUGCUGGCUGAGGUGGUGAUGCCCGUAGAAGACACUCAAAGCCAAAACCAAAGGCAUCUGAACACCAUGCGGAGUGUGAAAGUCCUUGGCGAAGACGGCUUCGUGUCAGUGUUCAACCUGUCGAAAUCUCAACUCGGGUUCCGGGGCUGCUUGGCCUUGGUGGAGAAACUGGAGAUCGGAUCAUGCCCGAGCGUCGUUCACUGGCCAGUGGAGGAGCUCCGGUGCUUGCCUCGCCUUCGGUCUCUGGAUGUCUGGUACUGUAAGAACCUGGAGGGGAAGGGCGCAUCGUCUGAAGAAACGCUUCCGCUGCCCCAGCUGGAAUGGCUAUCGAUACAGCACUGCGAGAGCUUGCUGGAGAUCCCCAGGCUGCCCACGUCCCUCGAGCAAAUGGCGGUCCGCUGCUGCAGCAGUCUGGUGGCUCUGCCCUCAAACCUUGGAAGUCUGGCCAAGCUCGGGCAUCUCUGCGUUGAUGACUGUGGUGAGAUGAAAGCGCUGCCUGAUGGGAUGGAUGGCCUCGCUUCCCUUGAGAGCUUGAGCGUUGAGGAGUGCCCGGGGGUUGAGAUGUUUCCACAGGGUCUCCUCCAGCGGCUCCCAGCCCUCAAGUUCCUGGAGAUCAAAGCCUGCCCUGGCCUGCAGAGACGUUGCAGACAAGGUGGGGAGUACUUCGGCUUGGUUUCUUCUAUUUCGAAUAUAGACAUUCCAGCAGUAGAGUCCAACGUAAAGAAGUUUGUGAAGAAGCUCAUCCCUUUCUGCUGACACUUGACUGGGGGUGUGUCUGUUUACUCCUGCAUCACUAUAAUUUCAUUAUCCUGUAAUUGUUCACUUUUAUUUUGAAACAAAAUCCUGUAAUUGUUUAGAGAGAGAGAGAGAGAGAGAGCAAAUUGCUACCGUUCUGUUAUG